GGGAACAGUAACAACAACAACGGGAACCGCGCCGGCAACGGGAAGCACAACGGCGGACAAGUCGUCGGUAGUUACGGUGGAGGAGGAGGAGGAGGAGGAGGAGGUGAAGGUCAAUCGUCGAGGAGACAAGAGCAACAUCAGCAACGAGGAUCGGUAGGAAGGGAGCAUCGGGAUCAUCGGCAUCAUCACCAUCACCAUCAUCACCACCAUCAUCAUCAUCACCACCACCAUCACCAUCAGGGUCGGGACAGGUCCUCGUCGUCGUCGUCGUCGUCGUCGUCAUCGGGACAGCAGCGCGACUCUAAAGCAAGCACGGUGGCUGCAAACACCGAUGAGCUGGACCCGGCCGCGACGAAUGCGACCAACAAUUUCGAAUACGACGACAACGAAUGGGACAUCGGUAUAGGAGAUUUGAUAAUCGAUCUUGAUGCGGACAUAGAGAAGACGAGGGACGAGAAAUUGAGCUCAGGGACAGGCAUGGCUUCUACGCCUGCCUCGGCAGCAUCGACUUCGAAUACCCCAAAUCAUCACCACCACCACCAUCAUCAUCAUCAUCAGCUUCAAAGCUCCUCGAACGGCUUGACCUCCUCCGGACUGUCUUCGUCCGUGGUCGCGUCAACAGGGCCGAACGGUUGCGGGCAAUCCUCCUCGUCGUCGUCGUCUUCGUCUUCUUCGUCCUCCUCUUCGUCGUCGUCGUCGGCGUCGUCCUCCUCGGUGUCCUCGUCCUCGUCCGCGUCUUCGUCUUCCUCGUUGCCGACCUCGGUGUCGUCCGCGUCGUCUUCCUGCGGUCUGAACUCGUCCGGACGGUCCAACAGCCCCGGUAACGGGAACGGGAGCAUCGUAAGCGGCAUCGGCGGGAUCGGCGGGAACGGUGCCGGUAGCGCGAACGGUUCCGCCUCGAUCGUACCCGGGACGGGUGGCAAGCAGAUAAACGCCGUCGCGAGCGGCGUGAACGCCGCGCACGGUAAUCCAGGGAAUCCCGGCAAGAUGGCCGUUGAACAUUCGGCCACCGUCGACAAGGGCCUCAAGAUGAAGAUCAAGCGCACGAAGCCGGGCACCAAGAGCAGCGAGGCGAAACACGAGAUCGUGAAAUCGAACGAAAUGAACGGAACAGUGUCCUCGCAGGACUCGGCCGCCGGGGGUGGCCCCGUGCCGUCCUCCGGCGGCUCCUCGUCCUCGGCCGGCUCGAGCGGCUCGUCGGCCGGAUCGGCGAUCGGACAGAACGCUCAGAACUCGGACUGCGCCACGGGACUCGGCGGCAACGGUGCCGGUGGUGGUGUUGGUGGUGGUGUCGUUGGUAUCGGUGUCGGUGUUGGC